GCUCGGACGAGUCGCAGCGUCUUGAAACUUAUUUUUUUGGGGGAAAUGUACGACAUAGUUGCCUGAACCGCUGUCGAAAAUAUCAACGAACGUCUCUAUUUUCAUGACAACAUAAGACGACAAUGUUUCAGUCGCCAGAACUCCGUUUAUUUUUGCCUUUUUUGGCAUGUCUGAGCCACGUCCUCUGCUUCGCUUCUCGUCCAACGAAUGUCAGCGUAAGCUGUCACAACUUUAAAAACGUCGUCUACUGGAACUACAGUGACCCAAGUCAAAAGCCUGAAUUUGCAGUGACAAUUGGUGUCUACAGAGGAGAACAACCUCCAGUUUUGAAAACCACCGAGAGCUACUUGGAUAUCUCUAACUACACGGAUGAAGCUGAUAACGUCUACGAUGUGUAUGUUGAAGCUUGGCUGAAUGGAUCUGAAAACGCCAGAUCAUCUCAAGUUGUAAAGUUCACAUACAGCCAAGACUUUCCCAAGUCUUCCGUUUUUUCCAAAUGUGCGGUGGAUUUUCCACACAUAAAUGUUUCGGCCUUGCAACACACAGUUCAACUGUCUUUUGUUCAUCCUUAUGUUCUCUACGAUUCUGAAAGUUUGAAUUAUGACUUCACCUACACAGUAACAUGUAAUGAGACGGAGUGCGGGAAUGCAGAGUGUUCUAUAGACGAAGAUCUGUGCGCAGACGUGAUGCACAUUCCUGAAGAUCUUUAUGGUCGUUGCUUCAGUAUCCAUCUCGCAGCGUAUAUCAACAGCAUACCUAUAGAAACCUCAAAAGAAGUCUGCAGUUACCCCGACCCCAAACCUGAUGUAACUCUUAUAACCAGUUUGGUGUGCAUUGGAGUUGGAGUCCUUUUGAUAUUCAUAGCAGCUGGAGCAAUGAUGUACAAGAAGGUGGCCCAACCUGAAUCCCAGAAUGCAAUAAUCAGCAAAGUCUUGCGCAUGGUGAAAACUGAUCCAUCUGUUAUGGAUCCUGAGCGGCCGACCGUGUCUGAGGUCAGAUCUAUAAGUCACACUCCUCUGCUGAUAACCCCAGAUGAUGUCAUGUCCAUCAGCACCAGCCCGUCUCCUCCAGCAGAGAAUACUCACUUUCCUGUCCAGCCCAUUACUGACGCAGACUUGGUGGAGGACCAGGAGCACGGCGGUGGUGAGGAGGAUGAUGAUUUUAAUGGCUUCUCUGACAGUUUCUCAGGUUACGACUGCCAAAAGUUUCCUCUGGAGAUGAGCCCUGGAGACACGGUGGAGGCUUACCGUCCAUGAUUAAGGGGCCCAAGUGAGCUCUCUGAAGUUGACGGUGAAGUUUAGCAAAUAAUGGAUUAAGGAAUCCAGUCCAGCACUUGGGUUCGCAGUUUUCAAGACCCAAAAACUCUUAAGUGUGUGCUUUUUAUGACAUACAAGUAAUCACUGCAUUCAUAGCAUAGGACUAGAAUAUGAGCAAUAUCAGAUUUUCACGCUUGGGUAAUAGCAGAUUUACUAACGUGGGUAUAAUUCUGUCAUUUUUGUUCUGAUUUUUCCAAUAUUUGCAUCCUUUACUUGUAUGUUAUGUACACUUAGCUGGCAUGAAAAACAGUGAUGUUCAUCAGUGUUGAUGUAUUUUUUUUUCUAUUCAAAAACCAAAAACUAGUGUUUCAUACAGCCAUUAUGAUAAUGGCACAGUGCAUAAGUUACACAGACUUGGCAGUUAACACUAAGCAGCUUUGCUAAGCUGUUAAUACUGUUUCUGCCUUUGGUAGCUACCACAUGCUUUACUGGAAUGAGGCCUAAAAAAUUUCGAAACAGUCAUGGAAACUGUUCCAGCUGCAUUCUGGAUGCAUUCAAUAUGACUGCAGAUCCAGGCUUUUACCACAUGGACAGUAUUGUUUUACAAUGAUAUACAUAAUGGCCAAAUCUUCGAGCAUCCAGCUUGGAUGCCAGGUUCAAAUCCCAAACUUUUAAAGUGUUGUUGAGGCUUAUUUUAUUUCAAAUAAAUGAAUUUUCUCUCUGACAAAAAGGGAUGCAUGAACCAAGCAGAGUUUGAGCACUUUUUGCUGCUUUUUCUUGCAGAACGAGGCUUACUUUUACAUUCAGUAUGUCCAUGUGAUGUUAAUAUUAUUCCUUUGACUUGUUUUUAAAUCUUUAGUGUUAGUUUAGGAAUAUUUCUUUUGAAAAAAUCAUGUUCUUAAACUCUAAGAGUUUGACUGGCUGUAAGCCAUUAGUUGAUUACAGCCACAACCGGUCCUAAAUACUAGUUUAGAGGGACACAAUUGUAUGCAAACAUUGAAGCACCCCCAGUCAAAUCAUGCUUGAUUUUGUUGAUUUUCUAAUGACAAUGUGCUAAAACAUCACCUAGAGCGAAGAGAUUUAUAUGUGGCAAAGUUUAGUGCACAAUUGUUUACUUUUGUGAAAACUGUUCAAUUCAGCGCAUAGACAGUAAUUGUGCGUUAGAUUAUGCAGAAAUAUGUACUCUGCAGAGGAUAUUCACUUAGAAAGGUUGUUUCAUCUGCCUUGUCAAUGAUGAAUAUCAGGUAUUUGUGUGACAGCAUGUGUGCCUAGUGAUUAAUGACAAGCUUUAGUAACUAAAAAAAAAAAAAAAAAAAAAAAAAGCUAUUGCAGCUCUACAUGCCUUGGAACAGCCUUGCCUGCACUUCCUCUUGAGAUAGUUGGACUCAGCCUGAUAACCUGAUUGCUGUCAUUCAAAGAAAACUGCAACAAAUAAGUCAGACCGACAGCUGCUGGCAAGAAAUUGACCUUCCUGAAUUUAAGUGAUUCAGCAGGCUUUGUGAAUACUUGCACUUACUCUCAGGACGUCCUGCAGACGUCGUCAUGCUAUAAGUGAGCAUUGACUUAAAUGCUACCCUUUGUGAUUUAGCCUAUACAAGGCACAUCUAUACAUAUAUAUAUAUAUAUAUAUACGUGAUGAAUUUUUUAGGCAUAAAGCUGUUCUGUGAAAUGUUACAUACAUGGUUUGUAAACUAGUUCAUGCGGCCACGAGUGGGCAGUUCUUCUCAUCUGUGUCUUGUGUAUGUGCCUUCUCACAUAACCCUAACCAAAGUUUACUGGUUUCCACUCACAGCCUUCCAUACAUUUCUCCAUCAUAAGAAAAUGUUACAUUCGUCACAUAUAUUACAGCAGAGUCCGAUCAAGUACUGUGUUGCUUCACAUUUCUUAACGACUAAAUAUUUCAGAACUUUUGCAUGUGGCACCUUAGGUGCAAGUGAAUUUUUCUGGAUGUUUUCUGCAUAUAUGUCUUUGUAUGAUAAAGUGUGGGUAUUUGGGGUAUUUUUGUGCUAGCUGGGUGAUUUUCUCUUUCUUUCCAGCUGUUUGCAGAGACUCUAUCAGACUGUUAUGUCAUGGGCUGAUUUCCUAAAACCUAGAUUAGGCCUAAUCCGAGACUAAAAAGAAUUUCCAAGUGAUUCGUCAUUGGCACUGCACUUUAGUCCAAGGCCUAAGCUUAAUCCCUUUCUCAUCAAACCAGCCCAUAGAUGGUUCUUACCAGGACAGCCUACCAGAAAAUAAGAGUUUGUAGGGCAUGUUAAUAACAAUAUGUACAUUUUUCUAUGCUGUCUUUGUUGAGCAAUGCUGAUGGUGUGGUGAGUCUUGAUUCAACGUCAGUGUAAAGUUAAGCUUAAGCUAAAGUUAAGCUCAAUCAAGAACCGUCCCGGCGACUACCUGACCAUUUGUACUGCUUUUUGUGACCUGUACUCUUCACUCUGCUCUCUGAAAUAAACACAUUCUUUCCUAA